AUGUACUUUAUGAAUAACGGGGAAAAAUUUAGCCCGAUAAAUGGAAAACACGAUAUAGCCGAAAUAAAUAAUCUUACAACAGCUAACGGAUUUAAAACUAACGGCAAUAUCAUUGUUUCUAGUAAAAUGGACUCGAUUGUUGACGAUAAAACCAUUAAAAACACAAACACCGUAAAAAUAACCGAAACUAUGAACAAUGACACAAGGAGCGAUAGUUCCAAUGAUUCAAAUAGUUCCAAUAGUUCCAAUGAUUCAAAUAGUUCCAAUAGUUCCAAUGAUUCAAAUAGUUCCAAUAGUUCCAAUGAUUCAAAUAGUUCCAACAGUUCCAAUGAUUCAAAUAGUUCCAACAGUUCCAAUGACUCAAAUAGUUCCAACAGUUCCAAUGAUUCAAAUAGUUUUAAUAGUCUACUUGGUUUGUCUAACAACCCGGAAUUAUCUAAUAACAUAUCUGAUAAAAUCGCACAAAGUUCCGCAUUAAUACCAUCAUCUAUGCCCGCAACGAGUUCACAGUAUAUUGGAGAUAAAUACCAGUACUAUAAUGAUAACACACAUGCGACCAAUACUAAUAACAAUUCGCCAAAAAAUAAGAUCAGUGAGUACUGUCGAUUAAACCACGGUUCUUUUAUAGGCACGGGACCACAUAAUGUUAUGUCAAAUAAUUCGGAAAAUCCCGGUAUCGCAAAACCACAAUUAAAUACACAACCUGUUAAAAUCAACACAUGUGACUUGUUGCCAAAACCGAGUAAAAUUAUUCGUCCAGAUGGUGUUGUUGACAAUAUUGUUGACAAUAACAAUGCUUUUAAUGAUGAUGCAGAACCCUACACAAAAACAUCGCCAUCAGGUAAACCAAUGAAAUGGUAUGAACAGGCAUUUAAUCCAAGAAGUUACGCUGGUGCGGAAAACUUAGACCAGAUAGCAGUCAGUGGUAAUCGCACAAGAAAUGACAUUCUUGUAAAUGAAAUGAUAUAUUCUGAUUUUAACAGACUUCCUCCAAGUUUUAAUGACAAAGACUUUGAAUAUGGAUAUUCAUUUUUGCCGCCAAAAGACUGGUAUCCUUUACCACCUUACCCACCAGUUUGCGUAAGUUCUUCUAAUCAUCCUGUUCAACCCGUUUAUCUUGACACGAUGACAAUGGAUUUAAAAGAUUGGCAUGAAACUCAAAAAAUAACACCACCUGACUCAAUUAAUACGGCAUUUAUUACAAACGAACUGAAUUCAAAAGUCUAA